AUGGCAUCUUCAUUGAGGGGUGUGAUGGGUGAACGCAAAGCUGAAAAACACAAUGCUGAACUGGAUCUGCUUCUAAAUCGAGUAAAUGAUCUUAUAGAGUUCCGUAUUGAUGCUGUAUUGCAUGACAUGAGUACAACAGUUCUGUGUGAUCUGCCAGAAGAUGAACCUCUUUCUUGUGAAGAGUUUGUACAAAUGACAAAGGAACUUUGUGUCCGAGGUGCACAAACUCUACAUUCCAAAAGUACUUUAGUGGAAGAAGCAGCCAAUGAGUUGAUAAACAUGCUUCUGGAUGUAGAGCUGCAUUCUAGAGAUGAUGUUGAGAAGUCUAAAGCUGAAAGCCGGAUGAACACCAAAAGUUCUGUAACUGAGAAUGAAGACGAUGACAGAAAGACUGAGAUGCGAACCACCCUAUCAAGAAGCACCAGCCAAGUUACAGGUGGACCUCAUUCUCCUCUGACAAAGAGAAAGAAGAAGAGAGAUACAGUUGAAGUACUGGAGGAAGAGGCUCGUGAACUGCUUUCUCAUUUCAAUCACCGUAAUGUAGAAGCCCUUCUGAAGGUGACACGCAACACUUUGGAGAGCAUCCGCAAACGCAUUCAUGUUUCUUCCCUCAUUCACUUUUUAGAUAAUGACAACAGCAACAAGCAGAGAACAUCUAAUCCACCAAUCUUUAGAACAAACAUAACUUUGUCAAUCCCAAAUAUUGUCAUGGUCCCUGCACUGGAUGAAGUACAGCAGGCCCUCAAUAGAGCUGUGGAGUACAUUGUCAGUAUCACCAAGGGAGUAAGCCAGUGGAGUAAAGAACGGAUACCCAAGAAGGAAAUGCAUGAAAGAAAAAUUGAAGCACUUCAUCGUGAGAGAGCAGAUAGUGAAUCGGAUGAUGGCAUACUGGAAAAUGGGCUCAGAAAUGCUUUUGGUAACAGUGUUUUCUAUUGUGUUGGCAGCAAAUUACAUUUAUAA